CUUAACACGGCGGGAUCAACUGAAUGGAUAACAACUUAGCAUGUGCUACCAAACUGUCUUUAAGAUCCACUAACUAAUAUUUAACCAGACGGUUGGGAGAGCUGACAGCACAAAAAGCAAGAUUUGACCGCGGUGAAGAUGUGCUCUCUGGCUCUGUUUCCCCCUCCACUGCCCCCCGGACAAACCACUAUGUGCGAAUCCAACAACGAGCUUCUUUCUGGAGCCAACAACUCCGAGGCGAGACAGGACUCCGGUCCGCUGAGUCUCCAUUUCCCCAGAGAGUCCCUGAAGCUUCACAGCCGCACAGAAAGCAGCAGCAAAGCAGCUUUUCUGGACCACUCGGAAACUCUGUGGAUGAGGAGCGCUGCUGCUUGGCGGGACGGUGGGUUCACUGGGCUGCUCAAUGAAAUUACAACCUCACAUGCAGAAGUGCCAAAGUGGCUGUCGGUGACGUCUGGAUGUAUCCUGGCAUUGCUCCGAUGGGUCUCCUCCUUUCAUGGCUCCCUGUAUCCUCACGUCACGCUGAGCAGUGAGGACAUGAUCGCUGAGUUUUCUCAGGUGCUAAAUUGGUCUGAUUGUGUGGUGCGAGCCUUCGCCUGGCAUCCACACACUGAUAAGUUUGCUGUCGCUUUGUUGGACGACUCCAUCAAGAUCUACAACCCCAAAAGUGCCAUCACUCCCACACUGAAGCAUCGUCUGCAGAGGAAUGUUGCAGCCGUGCAGUGGAAGCCUCUGUGUGCGUCUGCGCUGGCGGUGGCGUGUCAGAACUGCUUGCUGGUGUGGAACGUCGACCCCUGCUCUCUGUCUACCAGGCCUUCUUCUAGCUGUGCUCAGGUUCUGUCCCACCCUGGUCACUCCCCGGUCACGUCCAUUGCCUGGUCUCCGAGCGGAUCUCUCCUCGUGUCUGCCUCCCCGCUGGACACCUCCAUGACGGUUUGGGAUGUCGCUGCAGAGAGCUGCGUGCCUCUGCAACGUGUCGGAGGAGGCGGCGUCACCUUCCUGUCCUGGUCCCCAGACGGCAGCCACAUCCUGGCAUCCACACCGUCUGCCUUGUUCAGGGUUUGGGAGACCAGGAUGUGGACCUGUGAGCGCUGGCCGUGUAUAAAGGGGCGCUGCCAGUCUGGCUGUUGGAGUCCAGAUGGGAGUCGGCUUCUCUUCACAGUUCAAGGAGAAAUGGUCAUCUACGCUCUGACCUUCUCUGGAUCGCCAGGUGUCCCUCCGGGUUUGGUCAAAGGGCCACAGAUAGCCGUUGUUGUUGCUGACCUAUCAGAGACAACCUUUAACAGCCCAGAUGGAGACAUCAUUGUUGGUGGAGAGAUUCAGUCUCUGUCGUGGGAUCCCAGGGGAGAGCGGCUCGCAGUUCUUCUUAAAGGCGAUCCUGAAGCAGCGAACCGGCCUGCAAUCAUUGCUGUCUUCAAAACAAGAGCCAACCCUGUCUUUGAGCUUCUGCCUUGUGGGUUCGUUCAGGGAGAACUGGGCGCAGAACCGAGACUGCUGCAGUUUCACCCAAAUUUCCAGCAUGGGGCUCUGCUGACUGUGUGUUGGUCGAGUGGAAAAAUUACACACAUCCCUUUCUACUUCCUGAGCUCCGACGUCUCCCAGGUUGGCCUCAGCGGGAGUCCGCCGCUGCCUCACCUACAGGAAAGACCUGCAGACUUUUCUAAUCAGUCGCUCUUCACGGAGCUCAUCUCCUGACACAACAUCUACCAAAACCUCUCUUCGUCUUUACAGGUUGUUAAUAAAAUUGUGUAAAAACAU